AUGGACACUGGAGCCUCUCUGGCAUUCAUCUCCAGGGGCGGGGUGAUCUCCACGUUCACCUUGCCCAAGCCAGGCAACCGCCUGCCCCACCAACCGACCUCUGCGAUGAAGCAGCAGAAAGUUGUGGUUGCCAGGAAAGGGGAUGCAGCAGUUUCCGUGGGACUCGCAGUGUUAUUGUUCUGCCUCGCUGCAUCGUGUUUCCAUGGCGCAACCGCAGCGAAGCUUCUCCCAGAAAACGUGGUGCAAGGCGGGUACGGCCCGCUCCUCGUCAAGGCCCUCGGGAUGAACGCGUCUCUCGACUGGGACCUCAAGCAGGGCGGGAAACCUAUUGAAACGGGCAAACCAAACGCGACGGUCAAGUCCACCAAAGCGGGUGCAGCGGGGAAAGUGGACACGGCAUCCGCCGAGCCGCCAGUCUUCUCCUGCAAAAUCAACGUCACGGGCAAAGUGAAGGGGAAGCACUCGGCGCUGUUUAAUCCGUGGGAUCCGUGGACGCGAGUGGGGCUGUAUAAGGGCAAGAAGGGACUGUACGGGCAGAUUAUCAGCCGGAACAUUACGGGAGAAUGGUCGUCGGUCGGGUUCCGCGGGCGGAUUAAGCUUUUCACCGGGAAGCUGAAGUUGAGUAAAGCGAAUGCUUCCGCUAUAGCGAAGGCCCCUGCGGACUACUACGUGCAGAUCACGUGGCCGCCUAAGAAAAUGUCGGACUGGUAUUUUACCAUCAGAGGUCAACUGGCGUAG